AUGUCCAAAACAGUUUCAUUACCAAAGAUAAUGAGCGAGGAUAUAGUGAUCAGUGGAAUGAGUGGUCGGUUCCCUGAGUCUGAUUCCACCGAUGAAUUCGCACACAAUCUGUACAAUGGAGUCGAUAUGAUUACGGAUGACAACCGUCGAUGGCCUACAGAUUUGUAUGCAAUGAACAAUCGUAUGGGAAAAGUGAAAGAAGUGGACAAAUUUGAUGGAAACUUCUUCGGCAUAAUGCCCACAAUGGGUGAUACUAUAGACCCCCACUCCAGGAUCCUAUUGGAGACCACAUAUGAAGCUAUCAUUGAUGCGGGUAUUUAUUGA